AUGGUUCACGCCGCGUGUGGCACCAAGAAGGUUCAAUACCCUAACCGGUCAAUCUUCCCAGCCGAGCGGACAUCCGUGAAGAAGAAGCUGAUCGACCAGUUCAAGCUCGAGGACAACAGCGAGACGCGUGCAUGGGAAAUUGCAGCGGGCACCGACAGCUCGAUGGCGGCACUUGUCGGUCGCCUUCGCGAGUCCAUCGCGCCGAAGAAGAUCGCCACCUCUCCCUCGAGGAAGCGUGGCAGGCAGGAGAUCUGUGGCGAUGCGGAGGCCGACGCCGAGCCAGCAGUUUCGGUGGUGGAUGCGAACCGCAGGGCGGGACGAGCCGUCGUGGACGGGGGCGCCAGGUGCGACUCCUCAGGCUGCUCCCUGGUCAAGGAGCUGCUGUGCAACAUGCUCGGCAGCGUUUUCUUGCGAGCGCCCAUCUCUAGGAUGCACUUGUCCCACCUUGGCGACGCCUACCUGACUCUUGUCUCGGAUGAGGCGGGCGUCGUGAAGGUCGCCGACAUAUUCCAGAAGACCGCCGCCCUGACCAGGUUCGACUUGUGGGGGCGCGUGGUGCCGCGCGAGGUGGCCGUGAACAUCAAUGCAGGCGAUCUGGUCCACCUCGGCGAGUGCCACGGGGUGGAUCUCUACCUCACGCCGCUGGGCCCGGUCGUGUGUGGUAAGUCCGAGAGCUGCUACGCCUGCAUGGUCGAGCCUACGAAGUUGCCUGUCGCCCCCAAGGCGAAGGCCAAGGCCAAAGCCAAAAGGUUCGUCCUCACGGUGAGCGGCCAGAGCGUCAUGUUCAAGUGCAAUAUGCCGCUCAUCUGCCAGACUGAGGGCAUGGAUCCCACCUCGUUGCCCCUGCGGAGGGAACGGUUGGGCCUUGAUGACGGCGUGGUCGGUUUGGAUGGCUCGGCCAGGCCUUCCAAGAAGCAGGAAGUCUCGACUUCGCUGGCGUUCGCUGGAGAGUAA